AUGGCAAAUUCUUUAGCAGAGGCAACCGGUUCUUUGGAGCUGCUUGCCAUGAAUUGCAUAAGACAAUUGUCGGUAGAGUUAUCACCAAUACCAUCAAUUCUUGACAAUGUUAUGAAUUUCCAGGUGUUCAAUGAUGAUGGCCAUAUCCACGAGUUUUUAACAAGCUCAAAUGUCUUCACAACACAGAUCAUUGAUGGAGAUGAAGGAACAAAAGAGUUUGAAUUUGAUGAUGAUGGUGUUUUGAAUUUAAAGACAAAUAUCCUUCCCAGAGGAAUGAUACAGUUGGAAAGAAUAUUUAAUCAAGAUCAAAUCAAUGGAGCAAAGAGACAAAAGAUUAAAGGGGACCAAUAUGAUCUUCUGAUCAUAGAGAGAGGAACCUUGAUUGAUUCUGAGCGUGUAGAAGCUAUCUCAAGAAUUAGUUUGCGAGCCAGUCAAAAAGAGUUGAGAUAUUUCUUUGGGAAGAUCAAUUUUGUCAGAAAUUUUAUCACAGGCUUCACCGAGAUAGUAAAACCAUUGAAUGAGAUGUUGAAGAAAAAUUCUAAGAUGGAAUGGACACCACUAGCAAGGAAAUCCUUUGAAGAAAUCAAGCAAGCUAUAGUUGAUGCUCCUGUGUUGUAA